CUCACGAUUUUGAGCGCACAAAUCUCGUAAUAUACUAAAUCAGAGCACCGGAUCUUCUGAUUGUAAACUUUUUACAAAUGAGCAAGAAUGAAAUGAAAAUUGCUAUCUUGUUAGAAAUUUACUUUUUGAGAUUUGUGCUUUUAAAGUUAUUGCGCAAUGUUGAACAGGGAUUCUAUGAUGAUUGUCCUUAAGUCAUUUAAGUUUUCCUUUUUGCAUGAUGAUACGUUAUCAUUCGGCAUAAGAUAUUGGAUUUAUUUAGAAAAUGUGACAGAAAUAAAAACCAAUUACCAAGUUAGCGACGCGAUAGUUAUUUUAGGUAAAUAGAAAUAAUCAUUAGUGCGUCAUACGUAUACGUCACGGAAUAAUUUAAAAUCUAUUUUUUGCACUCCACUAAAUGACCAGAAAACAACUCCAUAACAUUUGAAUAUUUUCCACAUAUUCCUUGCUUCGAUGCAAACCGGAUUACAUCUUGAUACCUACUUGACCAGGCUUUCUUGCUGCCCCAGUGAAACGCACGAAAAAAAAAAUCAGCUGGAAAAAAAAUCCUUGCUAAUGCUAGCGGUGAUAGAUCGGGUCAUCGGGAUACGAAAAAAAAACAUGGGAUUUGCGCGUGUGCCGUCGAUUUUUCCCUGGGGACUGUGCAGCAUAAAAACCCACUAACCGCCGGCUGACCGGUAGUCAUUCCCGAUGAGGACAAUGAACGAAACGGAUUAGCAGUUGGUGAUUGCUGGUUUUGCGUGGUUCUAUAGCAGUUCUACCUAGUUGCCUUCGAUAUAAAUCAGUGUUUUGGAUAGAUUGUCUUUUGCUGAAUCAUGAUCAAUUUAAUCUCGGUAUGGAUUCUGACGAUGAUUGCGUUGUCGUGGGCCGCCGAAGAUAGUUUGUUCCUUUCGGGGUUUGAAAAGAAAGCACCCAUGCUUGGUUGCCACAAGCGCGUGUUCACCUACCGUGUGUCGCAGGCGGACAGCAAAGGGCGCGAAUGUUGGGACCACGUGAGUGUGUGGUCCUGCCACGGACGGUGCGAUUCGAACGAGAUUUCCGACUGGCGUUUCCCGUACAAGCGGUCCCACCACCCGGUGUGUAUGCACGCAGGACGGACCCGAUCGGUGGCCACGUUGAGGCAUUGCCAUCCGGAGGCCGACGCGGAAGCCAAACUGUACGAGUACAUGGAACCGAAAUCGUGCAGCUGCCAGACGUGCACCAGUAUGGACACCAGCUGCGAGGGACCGAAACAACUUAGCACGGAUACGGCAACCAAGAUUUUCCAAAUCGACGACGAGGAAAUCGAAUCCGAGUACGCUUAGGAUUAGUUGGCACUGCAGAGUGAUAUUCGACAGUGAUGUUUGCAAUGGUGGCCAUAACUAUAUUUUUAGUGCUUUCAUGUGAAUAAAUAUAAUGGUACGUGAACACGUGAAAACGGAAUGUGCAAUAUA